AUGGCGAAGCUUGCAAAUGGCGUCUGCCCUAGCAACGGCACGCGAAGGUCCAAAAAGGGCAUGAAACUCGUAUUUUCAGCAGUUGUUGGAGUCUGCUCGGGUUACUUAUUUGUGAUCUUUUUCCCUGCAUUCAACAUAACCAAGAUUAAUCUCCCUUCCUCUGUUGCCUCCUACAUUGAAGAUCAAAGUGCUGGCAUCACAACAACCCGGACAUUGUUGAACCACGAAUGGACGUCUGCAAACAGCCAUAAGGACAAUUCUGACUCAAAAUAUGACGAAAUUCCCAAGAUUUACCUUUCCACAAACCCAAAAGGUACUGAAAGACUUCCACCAGGCAUUGUUGUGCCUGAAACAGAUCUUUAUCCCCAAAGAUCAUGGGGUGAACCUAGUGAGGAUCUUACUAGCCAACCGAGAUACCUUGUUACUUUCACAGUUGGCAUCGCACAAAAAGCAAAUGUUGACGCAGCAGUAAAAAAGUUUUCAGAUAACUUCACCAUUAUGCUAUUCCAUUAUGAUGGUCACACUACCGAAUGGGAUGAAUUUGAAUGGUCCAAAAGAGCCAUCCAUGUGAGUGUCAGGAAACAGACUAAAUGGUGGUAUGCAAAAAGAUUUCUGCAUCCAGAUGUUGUCUCGAGAUAUGAGUACAUAUUUAUCUGGGACGAGGAUCUUGGUGUCGAGCAUUUCAAUGCAGAGGCGUACAUUGAGAUUGUUAGGAAGCAUGGGUUGGAAAUUUCUCAGCCUGGAUUGGAAUCUGACAAAAAAAUAGCAUGGCGAAUGACCAAACGGCAUAGUGAUCAAGAAGUUCACAAAGAAACCAAGGAGAGACCAGGCUGGUGCACAGAUCCCCAUCUACCGCCAUGUGCAGCAUUUGUCGAAAUCAUGGCGACCGUAUUUUCUAGAAAUGCAUGGCGCUGCGUAUGGUACAUGGUUCAGAAUGACUUGGUCCAUGGAUGGGGUCUGGACCUUGCUCUCAGGAGGUGCGUGGAGCCAGCUCAUGAGAAGAUUGGAGUUGUUGAUGCUCAAUGGAUAGUUCAUCAAGCCAUCCCCUCGCUCGGAAAUCAGGGAAAGGCAGUUAAAGGACGAGCGCCAUGGAAAGGGGUAAAGGCACGCUGCAAUUUGGAAUGGGGGAUGUUUCGCAGCAGAUUGGCUGAUGCAGAGAAGGCAUACUACUUGGAGAAAGGAAUCACACCCCCAAAUUCAACCCGAUGA